UCCGUAGAAAAAAAAGGAAAAAGGAUAAUCAGAAUAGACAAAUGAUUUUACACUCUAAUUUCAUCCCGAUUCCCACCAACGCGGGAAAUCAUGGUUAACCCAUUUCUUGAUGGAAUCGGAUAAUUCCCAAUCGAUUGGGACUACGAGUCCACAGGUAACUUCGCCAUUACUGAAAACUCAAGACAGGUGUGAGCAAGUCGAAGACGAUCCAAGCAGAAUUAAAGUGGAGUAGGGAGUUCGAGAGAUUCAUAAGCUUCACUCGAUGAACAGAUAGGGGAAGAGGAAGAGGAAGAGGGCCAGGCAAAUUCAAUUCAACGGAUUGGAAAUGGAGAUUUCCCGUUUCAAUAACAAGUGGGUAUCAACAGUAGCCAGCGUAUGGAUUCAGUGCACCAGUGGGUCUCUCUACACCUUCUCCAUCUACUCGCAAACCCUCAAGUCAACUCAGGGUUACGAUCAGUCCACUUUGGAUAUCGUUUCUGUCUUCAAAGACAUCGGUGUCAAUUGCGGCGUCCUCGCGGGCUUUCUCUACUACUAUGCCACCGCUGAUGGUGGUGGUAGUCGGCCGUGGAUUGUUCACUUAGCCGGUGCAAUUCAGUGCUUCUUGGGUUAUUUCCUUAUGUGGGCUGCCGUUGCUGGCGUCUUUCCUCGCCCGCCGCUUCCCGCUAUGUGCUUUUUCAUGUUGGUGGCUGCUCAUGCUCAGAGCUUCUUCAAUACGGCUAACGUUGUAACUGGCGUUCGGAAUUUCCCCAGUUAUAGUGGGACGAUUGUCGGAAUCAUGAAGGGGUUUCUUGGUUUGAGUGGAGCAAUAUUGAUUCAAGUAUACGAGACAAUAUUUAAUGAACAACCUACUUCGUUUCUUCUAAUGCUGGCACUGCUUCCGACCCUUAAUUCCUUAUUGUUCAUGUGGUUUGUGAGAAUUCACAAUGCAGACGAUGAAGUUGAUAAAAAGCAUCUAAAUUCCCUAUCCAUAGUUACUCUGUUCCUUGCUACUUACCUUAUGCUCAAGAUUGUUCUAGAGCAUAUUUUCACUUUCCAGUUCCCUCUACAAGUUGCUUCAUUUAUUCUACUUCUGAUAUUGCUUGCUUCUCCUCUAUAUGUUGCAAUUAGAGCCCAACAGAGAGAAUCCAGAAAGAUUUUGCACCCUUCUGUUACUGAGAGUGAUCAGCUGAUUAGUCGCUCCAAUCAAGAGAGCGAGGAUUUCGACAAUGAACGGAGAAGGGAAUCUGAAGAAAGCCUGAACCUCUUUCAAGCUUUAUACACCAUAGACUUCUGGAUAUUAUUUUUUGCAACAGCUUGUGGCAUGGGAACAGGGUUAGCCACAGUGAAUAAUAUCAGCCAGAUAGGAUUAUCUCUUGGUUACACAAGCUUGGAGACAACUAUUUUGGUUUCCCUGUGGAGCAUCUGGAAUUUUUUUGGUCGUUUAGGAGCUGGAUAUGUAUCGGAUUAUUUUCUCCAUGCCAAAGGGUGGGCUAGGCCAUUAUUCAUGUUCAUCACUCUGGCAACCAUGAGCAUUGGACAUGUAGUGAUUGCCUCUGGUCUGCCUGGUGCUCUUUUCGCUGGUUCGGUGCUAGUGGGCGUUUGUUAUGGGUCUCAAUGGUCAUUAAUGCCAACAAUUACUUCUGAAAUAUUUGGUGUUGUACACAUGGGUACUAUAUUCAAUGCCAUUACAAUAGCAAGCCCUAUUGGAUCUUAUAUAUUUUCAGUUAGAGUUAUUGGGUAUAUGUAUGACAAGGAAGCAUCAGGUGAAGGAGAUACUUGUACUGGAGCUUACUGCUUCAUGUUAUCAUUUCUGAUUAUGGCUUUUGCCACCCUUUUGGGCUCUUUGGCAGCCCUUGGCUUAUUUUUCUGGAGAAGAAGUUUCUACGAUCAAGUUGUUUUUAGAAGGCUGCAACACUCAUCGAGUGGAUAAAGGAGUAAAUACUACAUACGACAUGCAAAGUGAAAUAUGGAGGCUUUCCUGGUCACUGCUAAUAAGUUUUCAACCAGCUAUCCUGAACUCGUAGCAGAAUGCAUUUGGAGGAGGAAUAUUCCAAAUGAGAGGUAUCAAAAUAUUGGCAUAUACCAUAUUGGGCAUCUGGGAAUUACGGAAGGAUAGAAACAGCAUAGUUUUCAAUGGGGUCAACAAGGGGGAUGCUCAAUAUUUUGAAAUGGUUGUUUAUAAUAACACUUCCAAGUGCAGUGCUUACACAAGAGCUUUCUGUAACCACACUAGAUCCUUGUAUAAAUUGGAGUUCUUUCUGUAAUCACUAGUCCUUCACGUGGCUAUUCUUCGCCUGGUUUUUGGAGCUCUGAUUUCAGGUCCCAGCAUUCGUCCGAGUCAGAGGACUCCUAUCUUGAAAGCACAAUCAAAAUUGUCUCUGCUAACUUCUGCAGUGCCCGCCCGUCCUACACAUAUGCUGUCGUGAAGCAAGAACCAGCCAGAAUGGAUGGCUCUUACAUGGCUUUCUGGAUGACAUGAAAUCCCCUAGCUCACUUGAUUGGGGAUAGAGUCAGUGUUCAUCAAGUGCAAGAGAAAGGAGCUUCAAUCUUCUAGGAUUCGAUCGACCGUGUUACUGUUGCUUCGUAGUUGGAAGCCUACCAUUUAUUCAUUGAGUUGAAAAAGAAGAAAAGAAGCUUAAGCUAUGGCAGUAAGAAGCUGUAAUUUGAGGGGAGGGCAUAAAUAUCUGCAGAUCUUGUUUGCUGCUCGGCUUGUUCUUCGAGUCCCGCUUCUUCCUUCCCCUCUCACCCCGAUCUACUGACCAAUGUAAAUAGUUGGCAUCUCUUCUGCCUGAUAACGUGAAGAAGUGGGCAUCAAAUAAAUGUGUUGAUAAUGUAUAGGAAUAUGAAAUCUGCACCAGGUGAUGGGCAAAUGAAGCAACAGUUUACAAAA